AUGGAGGUGGAGGGGCUGGCGGAGACGGGCGCCAGUCCGGCGUCCAGCGUCAUCGCCGACUGCCUGCAGAUCGUUAACAACAUGGUGAGAGACAACCUCAUGACGCAGACGCUGUUCCUUGAGAUGCCGUACCUCGAGUCCCACGUGCCGAGGCUGUUGAGGCUGCCGGGGAUCGAUGGAGGAGAAGAGGAGGAGGACGCAGCCGCGCUGAGCAGGAGGAAGCGCGUGCUGAAGCUUGGCCUGCAGCUCGUGCGGUUCCUCGUGGCGGGGCUGUAUGAAGGAGCGCGCGAGUCGUCGCUGGAUGAAAUGGCACAGAGAGACCGUGAUCGGAAGGGCCAGGAGCUGGCCAGGAUACAGAGCCUUGUGGCCCGACAGGAGGCGCUCAUGGGCGCCGUGGGGGAGCUGGUAUGUUGUCGCAGCGACGCGCUGGCGGAUUUGAGACUGCAGGCUUUGGAUUUGUUAAGGUUGGUGACGGAGCACAACGGCGGCGCGCAGAUGAUUUUGGUUAACUUGUACGCGUCGCCGUCCGGCCGGAAUGUUCUUGCGGAAUUGGUGAACCUUGAUGUGGGCAACGAAAGUGACGAGUCGCCCAUUGCCGCGGCAUCGUCGGCGCUGCUGGAUUCGCUUUUCGAGGAAAAUGAGGGUGCUAGGAUGGCCGUGUUGCAGCAUAUCCAGUCUGCACCACCGCCUCCGAUGUCUACUGGAGGAGACGGUGGAUACGAUGCGUUUUCAGCUCCUCCAUCGGCGGGCCGAGUUCUUCUGGAUGCGUUUAUCUGUAACACUGAGUUCAUUGUCCAAUGCAACGACAGUGGUGUUACACAGCCGCUAAAUAACGAGCUAGUGGUGGCAUGGAAGGCAAGCCAUCGACUGGCAGGUCUACUCUCGAAUAGUUCGUACUGUAAAGAGCUUGCACUCCGCGUGCCUGCCGAGUACGAUCACUCGGACGCUCGUGCUGUGGCUGGAGGGUUGUUCCUGUCGCGCUGUCUGCGGUUAUUGCGUUCAUCGGUGGAAGACGAACUAAGCGCUGCACUUCAGUCUAUCGUGUUCCAGGCCAAACUAUCAGUGUUUCUAUUGCUGAUUCGCUGGUGCCAUGGAUGCCCGAAAGCCGUCCGAGAGAUCGUAGGCUCCGUGACAAACUUGUCGGUGCUUGUGGACAGCCUUUCCGACGGGCAGCCCAUUUCUUCUUCUUCUCGCGGUGCGUCCGAGGUGACACAGCUUCGGGGGCUUGUUGCCCUGCUGCUGGGAUGUUGUCUGGAAUUUCUAUGUGAAGACGAGGAAGAGCAGGCCUUGAAGAUUGCCAAUACUGCACUAAAACCAGUCGGGGUAGAAGAAGACCAAGGUCUGCAGAUGACCCGUGACCAGCUGCUUGAGUUGAUCAGCAAGCGCGUCGGUCUUGAGCGUUUCACGGAUGCGCUGGUGAAGUUUCAGCAAACCCCAGCUUUAAUUGCAUGCGCUCGGACGAGCAAGACGCAAAGCUCACGGACAUUGCUCGCCUAUCGUGCUACAUACGACAUUAGUGAAGAAAACGCGGAAGGAUCGAGCGAAGACGCCGAGGCUCACUACCUGUUCAUGCUGUAUGAACGAUCCUUUACGGCGUUUUAUCGCGAGAUGGCUGAACAAAUUCAGAAACGCGUUAUCGCGAUUUACACCGGAGUCGACCGGGGAUCUUCUCCGUCUUCAGGUGUAGAGCCUGGAGCUCCAAGUGCAAUUGGCGCCUAUCAGGAUCUCAUCCGCAUGCAGGACAAGCAAAUUCAUGACCUGCAACAAGAAGUGGAAAACCUGAAGCAGCGUGUGGCUCAUGGAGCGGGUGAUCCAAACGCUACCAACGCUUCUACGACAGACCCAAGGAGUGAGGACGAACUAUUGGAGAAGCUAUCCACCCAGCGCGAGCAAUUUGAGCGGGAGAAGGCCGAGCUAGAGAGCAAAAUUAAGAGCAUGUCGGAAUCAGCGCUUGAGAUGGAGACUAGAGUGAAUGGUCUUACGAUGGCGUAUGAGCAGCUUGAGCGAGAGCACCAACAACGUGGACAGGAGCUUGCCGCUGCCCAUGCUGGGAUGACCGAGGUAUCUUCUCUGGCUGCUUCUAGCGGGCUGGAAGAACAAAUCGCUGCGUUACAAGCUGAAUUGGAUGCGGAGCGAGAAACCAAUCGGCGACUACGAACCGAGGCCACUGCAGCUAAAGGUGGCGCGGCGUCCCAAGCACUCCGAGAGAAGGGUGAUGCUGAGCUUGCAAACGCGCGCCUCAUGAACCAGCUUGAGGAGUUGCGUGUGGAAAAUAAGCAGAAGGAUGAGCAACUAGCCGAAUGUACUCAGAUGCUCGAAACGCUCACCGAAGGGCAGAACCUGGUGAAACGGGACAACGAGCGGCUGAAGGCAGAGCUUACUGAGUUGCGCUCAAGAACCGACCAAGCAGGUGAGGCAGACAGAACCGAGUUCAAGAGCGUGGUGGAUGGUCUUAUGGAUGACAAGGUGCGCUUAGAGCACCGUGUUGAAGAACUGGAAGCUGCCGCACGCGCUGCGUACGAGAAGGAUCAAGAGGUUCUACGCCAGCGAAUUCAGGAAGUGGAAGCGGCUCGUCGAGCAAGUCCCCCCGUGAGCGUGGAGUGUGCUGCACUCGAGACUGCGUUGCCUGCCGAAGAAGCGCUCAAGACUGAAGCAGCAGUUGGUGGAGAAUCAGAGGAGGCAAAUGAGGAUCAACGCUUAAAGGAGCUCGUAUCUACCCAGCUCGAGGAACUGAAGGAGUUGCGUGCUCUUGUGGCUGAAAUGGAGACAGUAGCCAUCGAGCGCGACGCUCAGGGCAAGCAAGCUUCGUUCCUGCAGGAACUGGUAGCGGGGUACGACGUUCAGUCACGCCGCGACAAGGAAAAGUUCGAAGCGACCGUGCGUGAGCUGGAGGACGAGCUGGCCCGCGCCUUCUUAGAGAAGAAGGAUGCCGGACGCAAGGCGAAGGCCGCAGUCAAGGAGCUCGAGAACGAGGUGGCGCGCUUGUUCCUCGCCAAGGUGGAGUUGGAGAAGGAGCUGUCUGUUCACCAGCAAGACGAACGUGGCAGUCACGCAGAAAAUGGCGAGAUGCUGAGUGCAAAUGGAUCGUUCCGGAGAUCCAUCGAGUCCGAGACCAGCAACGAUUCAACCCUAGACGAUUUGUUGGUGCUAGUGGCGAGCUUGGAGAUCCAGUGCUCCGUUCUACGCGAAAGUUUAAAGGAAGCCCAGGGAGAAGACGCCGUCGCUGUAGCAAUAGAGUUGUCUAGGCAGCGAGGAGCCGUCGUGUCUGUUUAA